UUGACGCUUGGUUAGACUUCCACAUCUACAAAAAUGUCACACCCAAAUUUUUUUUAAAAUCUACGAAACUGAUUUAAAAACACGACGAUGGUUAGUCCUAAUAAAGUUAUUUAGACCUUAAAUCAAAAUGACCCAGUUCUUAAUUGAAUAAAGGUCGAAUUCAUAGAACAUUUUUGUAGUAUUUGUUGUGUGAGGUUGAACUUUCUUUGGUCAGUGUCAAAUGGAAACGAAAACAAGGUGGAAUUCGUGUAGAUUAGCGCCGUAUGGAGAUUCGGGGCGAGUUCGUUGGUGCGUCGGACACGAACAGUCAUGGAAAUUGAAACUCAAGGUUUUAGUUUUUCUGCCGCUAAUUCUGGUAUUUGUAACCGUUAUCGCUAUACUAGCGAGUUACUUGCAGGGUUUUAUACAUCAUCACCACGGAGAAAGGGACGCCCUUGCCACACAAAGUCCAAACUUUCGAGAUAGUGAAACUGGUGACAAUGAAGAAAGACAUGUGCUACACAGCAUUACAACAACUUCUUUUAUACCCAGUGAUAACCCGACCCAAGGAUUUUUGACUAGGCAUCGACGUGCAAUUGAAGAUCCAACGCAGAAGUUGCAUACUGUGAAUGACUCCCGUAAUUAUAACGAUAUGCAGUAUUCAGAAAGUCGUUUUGUGUCUUGGAAUCUUCCAGAAGUAGAAGAAAGUCCAAUACACUUAUUUGAAUACCAAGAUGUUGAUUAUGGAGAUGAGGAUCAAGCCACCUUAUUUAAACGAAAUAUUGCUUCAGCUGCACAGGCCCGUAAGACGCAAGCUGCACUGAUGAAACAAUACAUGAACAGCGCCAUAAAUCCCUGCGACGAUUUUUACGAGUACGCCUGCGGAAACUGGGCGAAGUACAACCCGAUUCCGCCCGACAAAGCUGGAUACGAUACCUUCGAGAUAUUGCGCGAAAAUUUGGACGCAAUGUUAAGAGACCUGCUAUUCGAGGAGGAUCUCGAGGAGCAGGAAGAACUGAGUGUUAACGUUGAGAAGAACACCCUCUCGACGGACAAGGGUGAGAAAUCACGAACGAACAAAAGAAGAAGUAAACCGGUGGUCUAUUCGAAAAAUCCAGUUUCCAAAUCGAAACAUUUGUACAGAUCGUGCGUGAAUGAAGAUUUAAUUAAUCGCCGCGGCGAGAAACCGCUUUUGAAGUUAUUGAAGCAAUUCGGUGGUUGGCCCAUAAUCGAGCAGGAGUGGGACGAAACCCGAUUUGACUGGUUAUAUUUGGUAGCACAAUUACGACUGUACAAUAAUGACGUAUUGAUCUCAGAGUGGGUUGGACCUGACAUCAAAAACUCCGACGAAUACAUUAUUCAGUUUGAUCAGACCUCGCUGGGUUUACCGACGAGGGACUAUUUCUUAGACAACUCCAAUUUAAAGUAUCUGGAAGCCUACCGCGUAUACAUCAUAAGUAUAGCCAACCUGCUAGGAGCUUCCAUCGUGAGAGCAACGGAAGAUGUUGAUCAGAUUAUUGAUUUUGAAACAGAAUUGGCCAAGAUUACAGCUUCGCAAGAUGAUCGUAGGAAUGUUUCUGAAUUGUAUAUGAAGGCGACUGUGGGCGAACUACAAGCCACCAUACCACAGAUCGAUUGGCUUCGAUAUUUAAACCUAAUUAUGAACGUUCCUAUUCGCUCCAAUCAGCUAAUUGUGUGCUUUUCCGUUCCCUACUACCAGCAAUUAGUCAGUUUGUUGAGUAACACUUCGUCAAGAACAAUAGCUAAUUAUCUACUGUGGAGAUUUGUCAGGCACAGGGUCAACAACUUGGAUAAACGCUUUCAAGAAACUAAGCAAAGAUUCUAUUUCGUUCUUUUCGGACGGGAAAGAUUACCUCCGCGAUGGCAAACGUGCGUUACGCAAGUCAACUCGAACAUGGGCAUGGCAUUAGGGAGAAUGUUUGUUGAGAGAUAUUUUGAUGAAAUCAGCAAAAACGAUACUCUCCAAAUGACAAAAGAAAUCAAGCAAUCCUUCCGCGACAUUCUUUUGGAUACCGAUUGGUUGGACGCCAACACAAAGCAGUUGGCUCGUUUGAAAAUUGACGCGAUGCAUUUACGAAUAGGAUAUCCAGAGUUUAUACUGAAUAUGGAUGAGUUAUCGGAUCGUUAUAAGGAUGUGCAAAUCCAUCCAGAUCGCUACUUUGAAAACACACUAAGUAUAUUGCAGCAUCUAGCUCGUGCCGAACAGAAUCGAAUAUUUACGACGGUAAAUAAAACCCUGUGGAACACCGCACCGGCCGUGGUCAAUGCCUAUUACAGUCGAAAUAGAAAUCAAAUAAUGUUUCCUGCGGGAAUCCUUCAACCACCAUUCUAUCAACGACACUUUCCUCGCAGCUUAAACUAUGGAGGCAUCGGGGUGGUAAUCGGGCACGAGAUAACCCAUGGAUUUGACGACAAAGGUCGGUUGUUUGACAAAGAAGGCAACCUGCAAAGGUGGUGGAGGCAACAGGCCAUACAAGAGUUUCACGAUAGAGCACAGUGCCUCAUCGAUCAAUAUAACACCUACAUCGUACCAGAGGUUAACAUGCAAGUGGACGGUAUAAACACUCAAGGUGAAAAUAUCGCCGAUAACGGCGGAAUUAAACAAGCGUACAAGGCUUAUAUAAAAUGGUUAAGCGAGAAUCCUAAGGUCGAUGAGUCACUCCCAGGUCUAAACAUCACAAAUAAGCAGAUGUUUUUCCUUAACUUUGCUCAAGUCUGGUGCGGAUCUACUCGUCCCGAGGCCACACGUAACAAAAUUAAGACUGCUGUUCACUCUCCGGGACGCUUUCGUUAGCUUUUAGGGUAAUCGGAACUUUAAGUAAUUCUAAGGAGUUUGCGGAGGCGUACCAUUGCCCUUCUGGCUGCCCGAUGAAUCCAAAGAAGAAGUGCAGCAUUUGGUAGAGGCGGGAUCACAGCAUACUUAAUGAUACACAACGCAUACUAGUCUAUUGGUUAGGGUGCCCUUGGCUUGGCAGAUGGGAACAAAACGGGUUUCCCCAUUUAUCACCUCACGAUACAUUAUUAUAUGGAUAGACAUUUAGAACUAUUUGUGAAGAUGAACCUCCACGAUUGACAAGUAAGAAGUAAAAUCCUAUGGAUGUCACAGUAUUUAAUUAUCUUUAUGUAAGAUAUCAGCUGUAUAUAUACCUCAGAAUAAUUGUAUUUAAAUAAACGAAAUGUUUUGCUAA